AUGGAGACAUACAACGAGUAUCUACUGGAAAAGAUAUGCGAGAUAUUCCCGCGCAAGGAGGUCGAGGCGUUUAUCGAGGAGAGCGAAAAGCAGAGGCCCAUGACCAUCCGGAUCAACACCCUCCUGAAGGGUAGGAAGGAUGUUUUGAAGCUUCUGAGCGGAAGGGGAGUGGAUCUCGAUGCUCUCAGUUGGACUGACAGCGGAUGUGUUGUCUUCAAGUCGUCUGUGCCGAUUGGAGCGACGCCCGAAUAUCUUGCAGGAUACUACUGCCUCCAGGGGGCGGCAUCGAUGCUUCCUGUGCUCAACAUGGAUCUUAAGGAGGGGCUGACGGUUGUCGACCUGUGUGCGGCACCCGGGGGGAAGACGACGCACAUUGCGGCAUUGAUGGAAAACACGGGUGUAAUCUAUGCAAACGAUGUGAACGAGGAGAGGAUUGCGGGGCUGAAGAGCAACAUACAGAGGAUGGGUGUUCGAAACUGCAUAGUGAUGAAUAUGGAUGGAAGGAAGGUAAAUGUUGGAAGGGUGGACAGGGUCCUGCUGGAUGCUCCGUGCUCUGGCACCGGGGUGAUAUCGAAGGACCCUUCUGUAAAGACCAGCAGAACAAGAAGCGAAAUAGAUAGAAUGGUUACACUGCAAAAAGAGCUUAUACUUCAUGGGUUUGGGAUGCUGAAGCCCGGGGGGAUACUGAUGUACUCCACAUGUUCUGUGCUUGUCAAGGAGAAUGAGGAGGUUGUUAACUAUCUUCUCUCCAAGUGUCCUUCUGCCAAGAUGGCCGAAUGCGAGAUAGACAUUGGAAAGGAUGGAUUUAUGAGCUUUAAGGGAAAGAACUACAACGGGUCUCUUAAGAUGGCCAGGAGGAUCUAUCCGCAUGUGCACAACAUGGACGGGUUCUUCUAUGCAAAGAUUCUGAAGAAGUAUUAA